UUUUGAAGUUGCGGUCCGAAGACGCCGCUCGGCUCGGAAACGUAUAUGCCGGCGGUAAGCUAUUCCAGUUCAACCUGUUAAAAGUAGACUGGGUUUUGACCUCUACGCGUCCGACUCGCACGACACGGAUCUACUGCGCUCACAUUCAACCAUGAAUAUUCCUUCCUGCUCGAUCUCGGCUGCAUCCAGACCCUACUCUUUGAACGAAUUCCUCGCUAACAGCUAUGUAUAGAUUGCUAGCAGGGAUAUCUACUUUGGCGCCCUCCCAUCUCCCCAAAAAGCCAUCUUCCGGGCGUGUUAUCCGUCCCUAUUCGCUCGCCGUCGCGCGCGUUCCCCACCCAUGUGUUGGCUGUCUCGUCUUCCAAGAUUCCCUCAGAGCAUUGUAUGGUAUUUCCUAUACAUGCUCUCGUCCUCGUGUCGCACUGCGCGCACUUUUCCCAGCGGUCCCACCUGCUCAUGUUAAGGAGCUCUGGCAGGAUAUGAUCGCUCUCGGUAUCUACAGGACAAAUUUGUGGGACGCUGUUGACCUUGCUUGGAGAAUUGUGAUUGGCGCGCUUACCAUUGCCGCCAGGAACGCAAAUUAAUUUCGCACCACGCUAUGCCUUGAAUUUUCCCGGGCGU